UCUGCUGCUUAUCCGGGGAUGUCACACCACUGCUAUUUUCUCCCCUCAGUCCCUCUCACUCUCAGCCUACAGCUCCAGCGGACUGACACGGGGCUUUGGCUAGAAAGAAACGAACAAUAAAAUACAAAACAGAGGCCAAAAAUGGCAGAGCUUGGAGCGGGAAGCCUGCCGUUAGGGGAUCCUGCUUUUAAUUACCAGGAGCACGAGCUGAACGAGCGGCUGAAGCGGCUCUACCCGGCUGUGAACGAGGAAGAGACCCCUUUACCCCGAUCCUGGAGCCCCAAGGAUAAAUACAGCUACAUUGGGCUGUCACAGAACAACCUGCGGGUCCAUUACAAAGGCCAUGGUAAGAACCACAAGGACGCAGCAUCAGUGCGAGCCACACAUCCAAUCCCCGCUGCCUGUGGGAUCUACUACUUUGAAGUCAAGAUUGUCAGCAAAGGUCGAGAUGGGUACAUGGGCAUCGGCCUGUCUGCUCAGGGAGUCAACAUGAACAGACUGCCCGGAUGGGACAAGCACUCAUACGGUUACCAUGGAGAUGACGGCCACUCCUUCUGCUCCUCUGGGACCGGCCAACCAUACGGCCCAACGUUCACCACGGGGGACGUGAUAGGCUGUUGCGUGAACCUCAUCAACAACACUUGCUUUUACACCAAAAAUGGCAUCAGUUUAGGUGUAGCCUUCACAGACCUCCCUCCCAACCUGUACCCCACUGUGGGGCUUCAAACUCCGGGUGAGAUUGUAGACGCCAACUUUGGCCAGCAGCCAUUUGUCUUCGACAUCGAGGACUACAUGAGCGAAUGGCGGGCCAAGAUCCAUGGCAUGAUAGCUCGCUUCCCCAUAGGAGAGAGACUGGGGGAGUGGCAGGCCGUAUUGCAGAAUAUGGUGUCCAGCUACCUGGUGCAUCAUGGGUACUGUGCCACUGCAACAGCUUUCGCCAGAGCAACAGAGACCAUGAUACAAGAGGACCAGGCAUCUAUAAAGAACAGACAGAGAAUACAGAAGCUGGUGCUGGCAGGACGGGUGGGCGAAGCCAUAGAAGCUACUCAGCAGCUUUAUCCCGGCCUGUUAGAACACAACCCCAACCUCUUAUUCAUGUUGAAGUGUCGCCAGUUUGUGGAGAUGGUGAACGGUACAGACAGUGAGGUUUGCUGCUUGACCAUUCGCUCGCCCAAAUCCCAGGACAGUUAUCCUGGCUCACCCAGCAUCAGCCCCCGCCACGGCGCCGGCAACACACACCUGCACACCGGAGGAGCAGACAGCCCGACCUGCAGUAACGGGGUGACUCCCACCAACAAGUCAAAGAGCCACAGUGGCGCCGGCAGCAGCAGCGUCAAAUACCCCAGCGUGUCCUCCUCCGCCUCCUCCUCCACCUCCUCCUCCCCUUCCUCCGUCAACUACACCGAGUCCAACUCCUCCGACUCCACUAAGAGCCAGCCGCACAGCGCUAACAGCACCCAGGAAACCAGUGACAGUGAGAUGGAGAUCGAAGCAGAGCACUAUACCAACGGGGUUGUUGAGGGCUCCUCAGCGCGGAUCAUGAAUGGCACAUACAAGCACGAAGAGAUCCUUCAGCCAGACGACAACAGCAUUGGCAAUGGGGUCACAGAUGUGGGUUGUAGUAAUAGUAGGCAGCUUUGUGGAGGGAACCAGGCAGCCACAGAGAGGAUGAUCCAGUUUGGACGGGAGCUGCAGGCGCUCAAUGAACAGCUGUGCCGCGAGUACGGAAAGAACGCCACACACAAGAAGAUGUUACAGGAUGCGUUCAGCCUGCUAGCGUACUCAGACCCGUGGAACUGCCCCGUGGGUCAGCAGUUAGACCCUACGCAGAGAGAAUCACUCUGCUCCGCACUCAAUAGCGCCAUACUGGAGUCCCAAAAUCUGCCUAAGCAGCCUCCACUGAUGUUAGCGCUCGGCCAGGCCACAGAGUGUGUUCAGCUCAUGGCCCGAGUCCGGUCUGGUUCCUGCUCCUUUGCCAGAGUAGACAACUUUUUGCACUAGCCCAGGUCCAGGUUAAUGUUAAGUAGCACUGAGAGAAGGCAUGUCCAGCAGGUAGUUGUCAAGGCGACGGAGGAAAGAGCAUGCGUGUGAUUGGUGUGUUUGGCUGUCCGUCAGCCCGAGCCAGCGGCACAGACAGAGGAGCAGAGGAGAGCGGGAGAGAAGAAGGCUUCCUUUUAAUUUAGUAUUAUCAAAUAAAGAAAUGUGUGACACUAUUUAAAGAUAAUUAAUUAUUAUUCUGUUUAUCUAGCCAUUUUUAUAGUUCUUUUUUGUCAGUUUGUUGUGCUCAUCCUGGACAAAACUAAUUGUAAUUCCCCUUUAUAUUUUUUUUCUUCUGUUUUUAUGGGUGGAUUUUGAUUCCCUACGAGCAGUAUUUUACUCACAUUCUUGUUGUCCACCAUAUCACAGACCACAAUACUCUCAUCUGGUUAGCAAGGUGACCUCCACAACUGUAAGUCAAUUGAACUCAACCUGAAAUAUAUUACCAUCAUCUUUAAUAAGAUACAGAAGACAGACAGACUCUGAUCCCUUUCCCCCCUAAAAUAUCCACUUGGAAGUACAUUCAUGUCUUGAAAUGCAUUCAGAAGGGUGAGCAGUCCAGCAUGAAAAACACCUCUGAAUGUGUGGAGCAGAUCAUUAGCUCUUGUCAAGGCUGAUGACAUACAGUAGUAAACACUACUAAACAAAGCGGGUCCUCAAAUGAUUCCAGAAAGUUUGAAAUAAAAAUGUAUUUCUAUAUGUCACAGUAAUCUAAUGUUUCAAGAAUAAAAUUCUUUGAGCUAACAGGUUAGUAACCAAAGAGCAGGACACAUCCUGAAAGAAAUCACCCGUGUAAAAAAAAAACAUAAUUGAAGGGUCACUGUAGUGGUGAACACUGCCAAUAACCAGGGGAGAGGGUGAUGACAAGGGUUUCAGUUGUUACAGGUGUCGGAGCCUUAAUUUUACUGUAACGACCACAGCAUCGACCAAUCAGCGAUGUGGUUGCAGGUGGCAGAGCUCAGACCUAACACUAUUAUCAUGGUCACUUUGAUGCCAGCAUAGAGAAAAUCAGAAUGAAAGGCAGACUAACAAGCAUAGUGUGUGUACGGCUAAAAGUCAAGUCACCCCUGGGGAUUUCAUUACUGCAGUCUUAUUUUCUCUCUUUUUUUUCGGCCACAGCCUGACCUGCUCUCUUCAUGUGCUGAUGCCAUUCAAAUUUCAAAUUAACAGGUGACAUAAUUUCACAAACAGGAGGAUUUUAAAUUUUUGGGUGCUCUUUGUGAAAAUUAAAUCAGUCCUUUCAUCUUGGGCUUUUGAUUCCAAACCACUCAGAGGUUGUGAAAACCAAUUAUGUGUGUUAGAGAAAUGGAGUGUUUUUCCAACACCCAUAAACUUGACUUGACUGUAUCCUUAUUGGACAGGAGGAUGUCAAGUCCAGUUUAUUUAUAAAGCCCCAAACCCCAGGUUUGUCCCAGAUGGCUACCGAGUAUGUACAAUAACUGAAUAAAAAGAUGGAAAAGAAGGAUCUUUUUAUUGUUCAGGUGUGCUGAUGGCCACCAUGAGAUAUGCAGACAAAGUAACCACAUUGCUCCUGGCCAGGAGGUCCUGUUUAGGAGUAAGAUCAGUAGUUACAACACUACCAAUCACCACUUCCAGUCCCCAGCACCAUGAAAUUACAGCUACAUCAUCUUUUGUGGCCCAAAAUGUAACCACCUAGUUCCUAUUUGCCAGCUAGUAGCUGACUUACUUUCUAGUUUGGUAAUUUUGAACCUACUAGGUAGUUGCUUCUACUCAUAAAUACACUGCACAGUGACCGUAACUUUAUUUUUAUUUAGCUGAACAAGGCUACAUAUGCUACCUACCUAGCCAGCUAACUAGCUAGGCUAGCUGUGGGCUUGGACUUAUAACUCAGCAUCAAAGUGAAGAGCUACCCUUAACAGCAGCUAACAUUUGCUGGUUAAUUCAGAGCUACCAUAUGUUUCUCAGAGUAAGGCACACAGCUCUGUGAAGAAUCUUUGUCUCUGAUGUAGCCAGCAGGGACUAGCAAGCUGUUAGUGGGCCUGAGCAGAGUUUUGAUUUAUUAAAUUAUUUCACUGUUUAUUGGCUCUUGUAUAUAUUUCACUCUUUUACUCUUAUCUGUUCAAAAGAGUAUUUAAAAAAAUCUUUAUUUAUAUAAUACUGGACAUGUUGGCUCCUCUUGUAGUUGGGGGGGGGGGGGGGGUAAAGAUCACCAUAAUCCACUUUCUGUCUCUGGAUCUAAACAGAUGAUUCUUUAUGCCAAAAUUACAAAUUGAACUUAGUUGCAUCCUAUUUCCAUGUGCAUCAACAAUUUGAUUUCAUUACAAACUUGUUUUGUUCCAUCCCUUAGCUUUAUUUAAAACAUUUUGAUUUUUGUAACAGACUUAUUUUCUACCAAAUAACAAUGACUGAAUGUUUUCUGACUAGUGGCAAACUGUCACUCUGGCUGCUUUGUUGUGACCUGGCAAAUGGCUUGUGGAUCCACCCUGAAGUGUAUAUUACCAUGUAUAAGAGCAUUUUAAUUCUAUGGCAGAGAACUGUAGAAUAAUAUAAUACAGGAGAUGUGCGUAUGCAAUGUGGGGUUCACUACAGGGUAUGCGGUCAAACUUUUUACCAAGCCGGUUUUUAUAAACACACUCUGCUAUAAUAGGAACUAUUCUAAUAACUACACAUACAGUUCACAUUCACAACAUUCUUCUACAGCUGUAAAGGACUUCUGUUACACACACACACACACACACACACACACACACACACACACACACACACACACACACACUUGUACGUGAAAGACCAACCUCUGUUGCAUACCUUUAGGGAAAGAGUCUCCCAGCUGUCCUUUGUGUUUGAGCCUGGGCUGCGUCUCAGCGCUGUUACCACGCACCCUUCCUCUAAUCCCUGCAUAGACACAGCCACUGAUGUGAUCAGUGAUUGUUUUAAGGAAAGGAGGGAUGUGAAUAGUUUUGGAAAUGGACCUGAGGCCUCUGAAGCAACAUGGACUUCUUUCAGAGAGGCCGGAGAAAUGGAUUUAGGCAUUGCAGACAAGCUGUGCACAAUUGACUUCUAUCAUGCUUUUAAUUUCAUAUUUUGACUUUUGAGUUUUAGCAAAAAAUAAAAGUGAAAAAAAAAACUAUUGUGAAAUGAGUUACCCUCUACUUAGCAUGACUUUUAAGACCUAAAAGAACAAUAUAAAAAAAAGGAAAAAUGAUAAUUAAAAAAAAAACAUAUGUACUGGAAACAUGUUAAAAAAGAAUAUUGUAUUCUGUUUAAUUUUGACAGAAUUAUUUUUAUUAAAAUACAUCCAUAAGCAUA